UUUCUUGCAUGAUUGCAUAUACAGGGGGAUGUGAGAGGUGACUGAGAGAAAAAGACACGUUAAUUGAACAUGACGCCGUUUCUUGCCAAGAUAAAGCAUUAUAAAUAUGUAUAUUAUAUAUAUUAUUUACCAUAUAUAAUACACAAAAAUAUACAUAUUGCUGAAACAUUAAAGGCGAGCGACAAGUUAGGCAAGAGAGCGAAAUAAAAGAAGAAGAAGUUAGAAUUCUAUGAAAUUAGAAGGAAGAGAAUUUGAGAGGAGAAAAAAAAAGAGAAAUAAUAAACUAAUAGCGUGGUGAUAAUGAAAUUUUUCGUUGUUCAUAAAAAUCAGUGAGGAAAAAAAAGAUAAUACUCUACUGCUUUAAUUCUCAGACCUUCCACUAAUUAAGACAAUUUGUCAAAGUAAAGAAUGAGCCGUGUAUAUGUAUACACAAGAGGAUUUUCAUUACCAUGAACACAUAGUCGUGAGUGUCUAAUCAAAAUGUGUGACAUGCUGGCAAGUGAAACAUUAAAAAAUUAUUAUUGAGUUUCUGUGAAGCGAAAAAAUGGCAUCGCAGAGCAAAUCUUCAGCGGGGGGAAAGGGGAGAAGAUGAGAUUAUCUCACAUACGAAAGCCAGUGAUAACCCAUUCACCUUGCAGAUGGGUAUUCCAACAUUGUCACCGUGAUGUGCGAGGCAAUUUCAUUUGUAAGCCACAGAGAGAUCAUAAACAUGAUGAGAUUUUUUCUCUGUUAGUUCAUUGCCGCAAGAGUAGAACAUAUUUCCUAAAAUAAAAGGAUCUGCGUUUGCAUCAUGAAUUUAGAGAGAUUUCCUCUCUGUAAAUUCAUGAAACAUUCGCGCUGAUGUUUCAUCUGUAAGUUUUAACAAAAUGUUCUUGAAGCAUUUAUGCAAAUUUCCUAAAAUAAAAGUAUAUGUAUUUGCCUCAUGCAUUUAGAGAGAUCUCCUCUCUGCAAAUUCAUGAAACUUUCGCGCUGAUGUUUCAUCUUUGAAUUUUGACAGAGUGAUUUUGAAACAUUUACGCAUAUUUCCUAAAAUAAAAGGAUCUGUGUUUGCUUCAUGUAUUUGUAGACAUUCGGUCCUAUUCAACCAUCAAGAAGGUCUUAAAAUUUCAUAAUUCUUUUUCUGAAAUUUCAAGGAUUUCUUGGUUGCUGAAUAGGACCAAUUGUCUCUUAAAAUUCAUGAAACAUUCGCUCUGAUAUUUCUUCUAUUUUUGUUUUAUUUGAGAACACUGUUCUUGAAACAUUUCCUUCAUAAGGAAUCAUUUUCUCUGUAAUUGCGUGAAACAGUCGCGGUGAUGUUUCACCUUUAAGUUUUUCAAAGUGCUUUUGAAACAUUUGGGAAACUGAGCUAAAAGACAUUUUAUUUAAAUCACAAUAAAAGUUUUCUUUACAAAAGAGAGAUAUGUGGAAUACCGAAUAAUUUUGUAUGUUAUAUCCAUUUUUUACAUUGAAAUUGAGGGAGAGAUUGAGGCUCUAAAAAUCUGCGUCCACUUACACUGCAAAUUUUACGAUCAUCAAUUUUAAAACGUGUUGUUGCAUUAAAAAUAAAUGUUGCUGGAUAUGCAGCAAAAUAUGCCUCGAGGGCUUCUCUGUGGGCGAUUUUACUCGUAUAUUGACCACCUCACAAAGUGAGAAGCCUCACCCAGCUUUUAGUGAGGGAAAUCCAAAUGUUUUUGUGACGUCAUUCUUGUUUUUUUCUUCUCCAAUAAUUCUUGGAGAGCUUUUAUGAGGGACCAGAUGAUACCUAAAUAGUAAUUUCAUUCCACACCUCACGAAAGUUAGGAAAGAUGCCAAUCCGUUAGCAUUUUUCUUCAUUCUUCCUAAUAAGGUCUAAAUUGUUAAAAUAUUUUUGAAGCUUUUUUCUGUGUGGAAAUUUCUCAGAAAUUUUGUUUUGGGUGCCUUCGGAGAGCUCCCAAAAAUGCUUUAGUUUUUAUUACGUUGAUUUAACAGAAUUCAACACCUGAUUUCUUUUCAUUCAUCUGUGAUUUUUAUGAGGUUUUUAAAUUGCCACCGCACGCAAAAUACCUCCACUAUCCCACUACUAAUGUGGUUUUUUGCAACGUAAAACCUCAUAACAGAAUCUCGUUAUAACAAAUAAAAUGAUUUUAAUAUCUUAUUUUAAAUUCUUUUCAUAUUAAAUUUCAUCGGGUUUAUUGAUUGAAGAAUUUGUUGAAGAAUAUUAAAUUAUUAAGAGAAAAAGAGUGGAAUUUCUCAAAAAGAAUAGAAUUUAUGCUCUGAUAGGUAGGGUAAAUACCACACGUAGUAUAAAUCUGGACAGAAGACAUGAUAAAAGAAUGAACUAAUACCGUGGACGACCCUGAAGUACGAGAUUGUGAUGGAGGCAAGUUUUGUAAGCAGAAAAUUUAAUCUAAUUUCAUUUCAACUUCCUCAAACUCUCAAUAAUAAUAAAUCCCAUAAAUAAAUUCAUAUCAAUCGUGUCUUUUUCAAAUUAUGUAUACGUAGGUAGUUCUGAUGUUCGUGCAAAGUACUUAAUUACUAAAUUGUUCUCGAAUUUAUGCGAAUUUACAAACUUUUUUUGUGUGAUAACAGGAAAAAACCCAGCAUAUAAGAGAGUCUUCCUUCAUGAAAAUUUAUGGAUGUACAAGAAGAACUUUUUUUUCUUGAGAAAAUAGGAUAAAAAAUAUGAUAUGGAUAAUUGCUAUGUACUUAAUUCUCUCGUGCUUGAUUCCCUCAACUCAUUGUUUUACCGAGAGAAGCGAGAGACUUUGUUAUUGUGAGCUUUACACCAUCAUAUCAAUGUUCAAAUACACGGGAUGGAGGGAGGGAGGAUAAGAAGAUGAUAAACUAGGCCGCGAGAGAGAUGAAAUGGUUUUUCCAAAUAGAAUGACAUUAUUUUCUCCCCGUUCCUCCUGAGGUGUAAGAAAAUCCCGUAAAAGGUACUUUUCAUUGAUCAAGAUGCAAUUUUAUUCAUUAAAUGUGAUCUUCAUGUACAACGCAGAGAUCUUCAUCCACUUUGUCGCAGUAAAAACCACCUCAAUCUAGACUUUGUGCGUAUACGCAUAAAAUUGCCUAUUCUGAUUUUUUGAAAAUACCAUCGACAAUUUUCUGUUGAGCCUAACGCAGAGAGAAGAAAUUAUCUACCUCCUUCAGUACCGCACACAGAAUUUCAAAAGACAAAAACCAAAAACGAAAGAAAAAAUCAACUCUUUAACAGGUAUUCAGGUAUUCUGAUCGAGUAAAAAAAUCCCCGGGUCUUGCUGAAGAGGGUAAAAAAUAAAACAAAUUUAUUUUGUAAAAAAAAUGAACAAAAGAUAUCAAUUUUUUUAACGCUCUUCUCGCAUUAUCCAUAUAAUAAAGCAUAUUCAUGCAGAUCUUUUUCUCUCUCUUCAUCUUAAAUCCCGCACCUCGGCGUGAAGAUCACCUGUCAGCUUCGAGUAAACUACCAAACAAAUAAACUACGAGUGAUUACGUCAGAAAUAUUUGUAUAUUAAACCCCGUGGAAGUCUCCUCGUCAAAAUCCAACGAGAAGAGAACUAAAAUUAUGUACGAAAACACAGAAUUAAAGUGAAAAAGAUGUGAUUUUGGAAUGUGCCACUUCCGUUGCAUACGAAAAUUUGGUGUAUUUGUGCAUCGAAAAAUCGUUACAGAAAUUAUAUGGAAUUUACAUACUUAUGUACAUAUACAGAGGGGAAUGAAGAAUUUUUUUCUUUAUCUUUUUUUGUUUGGAAGUCCAGACAAAAAGUUCAAAAUCUUGCUUCCCAAAACAAGUUUCGUGGGGAGCAAGUUUUGGGUUUUCGAAUGCUAUUCGAGUUUAAAUUUUAAAAUGGCAAAAGAAUAUGCAAUGUUACAAGAAGUCGGAAGACAAGGAAUAAGGGAGACUGGGGCCGUAUUUAAAUUUAUUCUCAUUAAUGAUUUUUAAGGUAUUCCUACAGUAUGAAGCAAGGAGUGAAAUUCGCUUCUAAAUUCGGAAUAAGUUUAGGCCCACAUUUCUAGGCCUAAGUUACCUAGCCUAACAACUCAUAGUCAGUUAACUAGCCUAAGAAACUUAGGCUAGGUACAUAUAAGUUUUUAAAUUUAGACUAGAGUUGUUAGUUAAUCCGAUAGGUAGCCUAUAUGUUUUGAUAAGUUUUAAAAGUUAAGCCUGAAUUAAGUUUGGUUAAGCCUAACUUUUUUAAAGUAGGUUUAAGGUUAGGGCUAAACUUUAGUUCUUGUGCCGGGCUUAUUUUAAUCGUCUUUGUACAUCAAAAACGCUAGAAACUAUCAAAAAAUACCAUUAGUUCUAAAUUAGCUGGACCAAACUUCAAAAUCUAAAAAGUUAGACCUUAAAAAAUAAAGCCUAAGAGCCUAGUCCUAAAAACUAAAGUUUGCCUUAAGAAAGGUUUAAACAUGACUUAAGAAACAGACUUAGCCGAAAUUAGAAGUGAAUUUUAUCCAAGUUCCUAAAUAUAGUAAAAUACUAAAUUUUUGAAAUAUUUUAUUUUCUUAACGAAAAAUACGAUUUUUUAAAAAUAUUUUCUAUUUUUUGCACAUUAAAAAUAACAAUCAUAAAAACGUCAUAAGAGUUUCUUAUGAAACAGCUGAUACAUUUAAAGAAACAAAAAAUAUAAUUUUUAUGUCACUGAUUGUAUUUUGAUUUUAAUAGAAAAAAAUUAAAUUCUUGAUUAUUACUUAUUUUUCCUCUACAGAAAUGUAAUUCUUUUCCAUACAGAAACGAAUAAACUUAUUCAAUUUUUAAUUCAUGAAUUGAGUGUUUCAGAUAACCCCAGUCACACCUAUAGAUUUUUAAAAAAUGCAAAAAUCAAAAAGUUAACUCACCUAUCGAGUUUAAGGACCUAAAGCAUAGGUAUAUAAAGAUCCGCUAACGGGAAAGAAAAUAAAACGCCGAAGAAUAUAUCAAAGAUUCUGAGAAAAAUUUGAAAAAAAAUCGACUUAUAGUGCCAUUAGGGUUUGUAUAGUAAGCUUUAAACCAUGGAAUUUCCAACAUCAAGUUUGAAUAUUUCAAGGUAAAAUAUAUCAUUAUGAAUUACCUGCUUUACUUUAUUUCUUGUUCAACCAGAAAGUAAGAUCAAUUUGAAAUCAAUUAUAUGCCUUUAAAGUAGCAUAAGAGAAAUAUUUUUGAUCCAAAAAGAAAUCAAAUAAUUUUUCAAAAGUUUUAAUAAUUUAAUUUAGACUUUAAAAUAUUUUAAUUCUUUAAAAGAAAUAAAAGAUUAUUGUUAAGAUCAGAAAGAUAAUAUAAUCUGUGAUAAAUACCGGAAAAAGAGAGAACUACAACGUACAUAAAACUUAUUUAGAGCUCAAAAAGUCUUCACUUAACUACAACAAUUCCCACCUUAUUUGGAAGUGUAUUUGAGAGUUAGGUAUAUAUAGUGUAUGUAUAUAAGAUUAUAUACAAGUGGAUAUUUUAUUAUGACGACGAUGAUUCUAAUGAAGAUCGUCUACAAAUAGUGAUGAUGGAGGCAGUUCAGAAUCCAUACAACACUAAAGUUGUGUGAAUGAUUGUUGAUGGAGGAGGGAAAAAAUGUUUUAUUUGAACAUUAUCUCUCCUCUUUCUUAUCUCUCCCUCUCCUUAUGUAUUUAACAAAGGUCAACAUUGUAAGGUCAGGAGACUGUACGCGCAUGAUAAAGUGUAGCAAAGAAUGCCUGUGAUGAGUUGAAGAAGCACUUUGGGGAGCAUAUACAAAAUAAAAUUUGUGUAUUAGUACAGUUUCGUGUAGAUCAAAACAGUCAAAGUGGCAAAGAUUAUGUGUUUCGUGUGUCAAAUUUUUACUCCUCCCUGAUACAAAAUUAUACAUAAUAGCGCGAAAUAAGAAGAAAAGAUGAGAAUGAAACAAGACGACCGAUUUCCUUCAUUAGCUGAUAUAAUAAUUUUUACAUCUUAUGCCGGAAGAGGAGGCUGAAAAAAAGACGUUGAAGGAGAAGUGAUAUAUUUUUCUUCCUCGGAAAAGCCAACAUAAAACUUGCGACCACAUAUAUAAAUUUUAAUUAAAAUAAAAUAUUUAAAUAUGUAGAGGUGCGAUUCUCUCAGUGCGUGAUCUAAAAUAAAAACGACGGGUGGAUAUUAUUUUUCAUGAAUUCCAGUGGAAAAUAAUAUUAUAUAUUUGCCUAUCAAUGUCAAGAAUGGCACAUGGAUAUGGCUGAUUACAUAAAUAGGAGUAUUCGCGUCAUCCCUUGUAAAAUACAGAAGCUUUCUGUUCAAACAAUGCAUGGCACUUAACGGUGGUUAUACGAAAAGUCGGUGGCCUUUUUCUACAUACAAUGAACUGACUUUCUAUAUAUAAAUUUUGGGCGUUUCUGUUUAUUUAUUUGCAGUUUUUGUUUUGUUUUCUAAAAAUAUAUUUUUGCUUGGGAUUUAUUUAUUUACUUUAAAUAAUAAAGAAAAUAAAAGCUUGAGUAGUGUGCUUGUUGUUAAUUUAACUCUGCAGUGGAGACGCCUGGUAGCUUUUAAUUGCCUCGACUUAAAUCAGUUGAGAGAUAAAAUUGCUGAAAUAAAAUAAAUCUAAUCAAAAGGAGUUUAUUCGUUUCUUCCUGUGAAAACUUUUCAUCCCAGGAAAUAUUUCUAUACACAUAAUUUUUAAUAGAAUUAUAAUCAGAAGUAAUCAUCAAAGAGACUUUUUAUUUUCCACAUGAGUUCUGCUGGGAAAAACUAACAAAGUUUUGUUCAAAAUGUAAACAAUGACGUCACAAUUGGGGAUUUUUAAUCUCUUUUAAUACAAAGAAAAUUCAAUGAGUCAUUCAUGUUAUUAUAAUGAUUCAUUAAUAAUAUUCAAGAUGUUUUGAUUUAAUUUUCUAUAGAAAAUUUUAAGAAGGCAUUUUUAUGUUAAAUGUAGGGCCAAUAAAAUACAAAAGUGACGUCAUUGGUUAUCAAUUUUUGUUCAAAUUAUUGUCGAAAUUUUCCUGCUGAUCUCAGCAGAAAAAAGAGUUUCUUUGACGAUUUAUUCUUAAUAUUUUAUUUUAUUCUUUACAAGAAUAAAUAAAUCUCGUUAAUUUUUCUCAAUUGAAGGGUUUUUUUUCAUACAAAAACGAAUAAAGUUCUUUGGAUAAAUCAACUCAAAUUUCAGCUAACUCAAGAAAUAUUUAAAUAUAAAUUGUUAUUAAUGUUUUCUUGCUUUUUCUAACUUUCUUGCUACACUUAUUUAUGCUUCUUUCUACACAUGACUUAAGUCUAUGCUGUGCUCAAAUCUUAUCUUCUUAAUUUUAAUAAAUAAAUUAAAGAAUUUCCCUUUAAAUGUGAAUAGAAAGAUAACGAAUUUUCCGGGCAACCAUUCACAAGUAAAAUGCCGUGAGGUUGUAUUGCGAGAGAAGCGUAUUAGUUGGAAGAAAAUGCUCUAUCAAAACUGCAAACAGGAAUAUUCUUUAUCACUUGGGCAAUUGGAAUAAUAUUUGCGACAAUUUACCAACGUAAUCCAUCACCUGAGAAUGGAAAAGAACAAUCUGACUGUGAAUUUGCGCCAAAUUUAGUGUGAUGUCUCCCAUCAAUCCAACACAAAGUGUUUUUGUGGAGAAGUUUCUUUUUAGCGGGGAAAAUUUAUUAGAAGAAAAUAUUCCGCGUUGUGGGUGGAAUUCUCAUAGCAACACUCAAUGAUUCUUAUACACCUGUGGCGCUUUUUUUUCGUGAAGGAAAUAUGCUUACAUUGUGAUACAUUGUUGCAGUGUGUGGGGAAUUUCAUGAAAGAUUUAUCAAUUUUAAAAUAGCGUGCAAAUUGCUGGUGUAUUGUGGAAAACUGCAGCAUGUCGCAGUUAAUAAUUCAUGGAUAGAUUAGAAGUCUGUGCGGGGUGUGUGUGUGUAUAGUUUAUUAGAGUUAAACACUCUUCUUUAGCAUUGCACCGGAAUUGUGUGUGGGGAAGAACAAGGAAAUAAUGUAAUUCUAAACAGUUGAAAGUGUCGUUGCGCGGAAAAACCUCUUUACUUGUGUGAUGAAUUUAUAAAGAAGAAAAAAAAUGCCAAAGUUUGCAUUUUUCAUCUGAAUUUUGGUGUCAUCGCUGGGAUUCUUUUUAUCAUUUUGUUGUUUUGCUCCCAAUUGAUGUUUUAUUUGAAGUCAGGGAGACACUGAUAAGGCCAGACGAAGUGUACAGUUGAAGCUAAAAUAAAAAAAAAGAUUCUCUUAAUGUUCCAUUUGCAAGACUUUUGUGGGAAAAAUGCAAAAUUUUAUGAAUUUCUUCAGUCACAUGGAGAAAGAUCCGCCAAAGAGGCAGUGUCGCUAUCAGAAUAUCAAUAGCAGUAUUGCCGGUCGUCAAGGAUGGUCGGAUGAAAUUGACUUUGAUUUGAACAAUGAGCUGAGCAGCAAUGGAUAUGGCAUAAAUGAAAGUCUGCUGUAUUCGAGUUUGACAGUGUUGAAGCAGGAAGUGCCAUCACCAACACAAGAUGUCCACAAGAAUCUACCCCAACUCAAUGGGGGAACGGUGAAUGAUUCUACAAAGAGGCAGCAUUCAGGCAAUGAGAAUAUUGUGCCAUCUGAGCAGCAGCAGCAACCGCUGCAGAAGCCACAGCAGCAGCAACAGCAGCAGCAGCAGCCACAGAAUGGAGUUAUUGAAUCAAAUCAACAUAUUGGAUUGCAUCAUCUGCUCCAAGACAAUGACUUUGAAGCAACCAAUGGGAGUGGGCAAUCACAAGAUGGCAUGUCGUCUGGUGUGGCACGCAAAGAGACACCAAUCUCAGAUGAUUGCAGAUUCCAGUACGUCUUGGCGGCCGCAACGUCAAUCGCAACGAAGAGCAAUGAAGACACACUCACGUACCUCAAUCAGGGACAAAGCUAUGAGAUUAAAUUGAAGAAAUUGGGUGACUUGUCGCCAUAUCGCAAUAAAAUACUGCGGAGCAUCAUCAAGAUAUGCUUCCAUGAGAGACGCCUCCAGUACAUGGAGAAGGAGCAAAUGCAGCAGUGGCAGUCAUCGAGGCCAGGAGAACGUAUUGUUGAGGUUGACGUGCCACUGUCAUACGGCUUGUGCCAUGUGUCGCAGCCAGCAAAUCCAAAUUUGCUCAAUACCGUGGAGAUCCUGUGGGAUCCCAUGAAGGAGGUUGGUGUGUACAUAAAGGUGAAUUGCAUUUCAACUGAAUUCACACCGAAGAAGCACGGCGGGGAGAAGGGCGUGCCGUUCAGGAUUCAGGUGGAGACAUACUUGGAUACGAAGCAUAACGGUGAUGCUGGUGUAAAGCCAAUCCAUGCAGCUGCGUGCCAGAUCAAGGUGUUCAAGCUGAAAGGGGCGGAUCGGAAGCAUAAGCAAGAUCGCGAGAAGAUCCAAAAGCGUCCGCCAUCGGAGCAGGAAAAGUACCAACCGAGCUAUGAGUGCACAAUCCUCAAUGAUAUCUCGAGUGAUAUGCUUGUGUCGCAAGUCUGCUACAGUCCAGACAACGGGAAAGCAGCCAUCUCGCCAAUUGUACCCAAUUCUCCGGUUCAUGUGCCCAAGUACGAUGGUGUUAUGCAGCAAUUUCCCAAUACAAACAGCAACCCAAUCGCCAUCAACAAUGUCUCAUCCACCAAUUCAGCCAUGUGCAAGAUCAUUGACCAGAGUAUCAUGUCGCCGGCGCAAAUGGACUCUGAUGAAAUGAUCCCGACAAUUUCCAAAGAUUCCACGCCAGCCCACUUGACACAGUGGAUGAAUUACCAUCGAUUGACACAGUACGUUAAUACAUUUGCACACUUCAGCGGCGGAGAUUUGCUAAGGAUGUCCAAGGAGGACCUCAUUCAGAUCUGCGGUCUCGCCGAUGGGAUAAGAAUGUACAAUAUUUUACAUGCAAAAGCGAUCACACCUCGCCUGACAAUCUUCGUGAGCUUCGACGGAUCAUGCUAUCAUGCCGUUUACAUGCACAGCAGCCAGACAAAGGAGCUCCUGCAGAAACUCUCACGCCUCCCUGGCUUCUAUGAGAAUCAAGCCAAUGGCACAAUGAAUGGCACCGAUGGGGGCAACAUGUACAACUCCUGGGACUCUGUUUUUCUCUUUUGCACACAGGAAUGCAAUCAAAAUUCGCCGGGAGUGGAUCUAAUCUCUAUGACGCCUCCAAAUUCACCGUGUUCAUUCAUGGGCCAAAUGGGAUUCAUGUCCUCGUCACUGAUGACGUCAUUGGCAACAUGAAAGACGAGAGCCUCUUCACGCUCGACGUGCAAAAUGGCAAGAUACUCAUGAAGGCCGUCUACAAAACUGAGUAAAUUUCGUUUAUUUUUUUUUCUUAAGUUUUGUUUGAUUUUUUUUAAAUGCGUCCAAAAAAACUUGGACUUUUUUUUGUUGUUAGAUUUUGAUGUUUUGGAAAACCAAUAUCAGUUACAUAUCAAUGUUAAUUAAUUUACAAGAAAAAUGGAGAAAUUUAAUUUAAAAGAAAAAUUUUAAAAAAAAUGAGAGCUUUGUUUUGCUUUUGUUAAAGUACAAUGCUUUCACGUUGUAGAAAUGUCUCCAAAGGAACAAUUUUUUCUGGGUGUUGGACAAGUUUUUAAGUUUCUAUUUUUCAUUUCAGAAUAAUUUUUAGUAAAAAAGCAGAUUUAUGAGGGAAAUUCUGUGGGAGGGGAAUGUCUUGUUCAGUUUAAGAGGUUUAAAGGAAAAAUUAAGGAGGCUUCCUUUAAGAAAAGGAAGGUCCUAAUUCAAGAUCUCUUUGCUCUACGUAAGCUUAAAGCUCAUUAAGCGUUUAUGAGCUUUUACUGAACUAAAAAGAAAAAAAAUAUAUUGAAAAAUGUUCUUUUUAUUUUAUUUUCUGAAUAUUGGGCUGAUUUCUGAAGUAAAAAUUUUAAAAAAAAAUCUACUUUACAUUUUUUUUAAUUUAAAAAUUUUUAUUCUUUGUUUUAAAAAGAAUUAAGGAUAGAAAAUUCAAAGAAUAACUUUAAAAUCAAAACCAUUACUUUGCAUUUAUUUUGUGAAAUAAACAAAUUAGUAAAAAUAUAAAAUUUUUAUAUCUUAAAAAAAAGGAAAAUAAAAUAUUUCAAUUUUUAUUUUUUGCUUAAAAAUUUUCUCAGAUUUUUUUUAAUAAAGAAAAAUAAUUUCCUAGAAGAUUCCUUAAAUUUUCUUAUUGUUCCGGACAAAAGAAAUCCUCGGAAUUUCUCUCAUUUAAACUGUUUUAAAAAUUUAGACUUUAGUUAAAGAAAAAUUUUACGUACAAUAUAUAAUUCAAAUGAGAUUUAAGAGCGAGGUUUGAUUUUUUUCUAUUUCAUAUAAAUAUUUUACUUCUUAGUGACACAGUAUUUGAGGUGUGCUUCUUUCAUAACAAUUUAAAUGGUAAUUCAUCUGAUGAAGUAUAAUGGUUUAAUAAGAAGUUAGAAUUUCUAUGCGUAUAGAUUAAGUUUUCUUGUUUGUUUUAUUUUUCUAGAAUAAUUUUUAGGCUAUAAUACAAAAAAAAACUCUUUCUAAAAGAACUUUUUAAGAGGAAGAAAAAAAUGAAUACGAUGGUGCAAAGCAAAAUCUGCAGGCAGAAAGUACAAUUUUACUAAUGAAAUAAAACAACAACAAAAUAUAUAUCUCUUAUAUUGAAUAAAUAAUGAAAUGAAAACUUUUAUUAACUUGUUAAGAAAAGUGCAUUUGUUAGCUAACAAAACAAAACGGUGAAAAGCACGAGAAAAGGCACAAAAGUUGGAGGAAGAAAAUAAGAGAAAAAUAAUAAAAUGCAAAAUGAAAUAAAAAAAUUGUGAAGAGAUGGAAAUAAAACGAUAUUAUUAAUACAAAAAAUAUAAUAUAAAAAAUUUAUAGUUUAAAAUUUUUAGGGUAUUUUGAUAAAAACAAAACUUUUUAUCUUAUAUUUUUCUAAGGCAAAAAAAAAUCAUUUUAUGAAAAAUGUAUAAUAUUUCGUGCAAUGCUGGAGUAAAUUUCAAUGGAAUUCUAAUGAUAUAAAUAAUGCAAAAAAAAACGAACAUUGUUACGUAAGAUUGCUUAGCACAAUGAAGAAGACCUUUUGAUAGCAGAAAACAUUGUGAUAGGUAAAAGAAUAUUAAAAGAAAAAACAAUUUAUCUUACUACAAAGAUUUAUAAAGGUUUUAAAAUAAAGGGGUGGUAUUCUAGGAUAGAGACACCUUUCAAGAUCAAGAUAAAAAUCAAAAUAAAGACCAAGACUGUCGGUAUUCUACUUUACGACGAAUUAUCCAGGAAAGUAAAAUCAAAAUUUGCGUUAUCCUACUUGUCAGUUUCUUGGUUUCAGCUUCGCGCCAAGAAAACUUUAGCGAUAUCUCUUUCUAACGCAUUAAUUUUUUCUAUUGCGCUUUCUCGUUCGCUCUCGGAUGACAAUUGAACGAAAUUUAAACACUUCAUGGGAAUUUCUUCCCUAUUGCCAUUACAUCCAGGAGCCCUGAUUGUAUAAUCUCGGCUAUUAUUCCCAGGCAUUAUUGCUCCGGGAAUGGAAUGAAUAUUGUCGGAGAGGUAUUUCUGCCUCCAGAUUAUGAUAAUUUGGCGGUAACUGGGGGGGGGGGGUAUGCUACUGCAAAAUUUUGAAUUUUUCUUAGGAAUCGUGGUCACUUCUUCUUGCUAUUGAUGGAGUGACCUCCGGAUUAAGGAUCUCAUCCCAGGAUUGUCACAUCCUGGACAAUCCUGGGAUGCUGGUGCAAAAAUGUUUGUUUUUCGCCGGAAUUGUGGUCACUUCUCAUUGGUAAUGAUAAAGUAACCUCCGGACUAGGGAUAUCAUCCCAGAACUAUCAAGCCCUGGACAAUUAGAGAAUGCUGGUGCAAAAUUGUGGUUUUUUCGCCAGAGUAGUGGUCACUCCAACAUUACUAAUAGGAAGUGACCAUAAAUCCGUCGAAAAACCCACAAUUUUGCACCAGCAUCCCCUAAUUGUCCAGGACUUGAUAAUCCUGGGAUGAGAGCCUCAAUCUGGAGGUCACUCCAUCAUUACCAAUCAGGAGUGACCACAAUUCAGGCGAAAUAUCCACAAUUUUGCACCAGCAUCCCAGGAUUGUCCAGGAUGUAACAAUCCUGGGAUGAGAUCCCCAAUCUGGAGGUCACUUUAUCAUUCCAAAGGAGAAGUGACCAUAAUUCCGGCAAAAAACAAACAUUUUUGCACCAGCAUCCCAGGAUUGUCCAGGAUGUGACAAUCCGGGGAUGAGAUCCCCAAUCCGGAGGUCACUCCACCAUUACAAAGGAGAAGUGACCACAAUUCCAGUGAAAAACAAAAAAUUUUGCAUCAACAUCACGUAUUUGUCCAAGAUUUGACAAUCCUGGUACAUCCCGGAGGUCACUCUAUCAUUAGUAAGAUGGAGUGAACACAAUUCCGGCAAAAACCCGUCAUUUUGCAUCUGCAUCCCAUAUUUGUACAAGAGUUUUCAUAUCUCCCAUACUGAAUUUACAUUGCCUUUACCUCAUUUAAAAACCAAUUUUUCAAAGGACCCCAAAACCGUCUUGGAAUUUCACAUAAAUCCAAGACAUUUUACGUUAUAAUAAGACCGUAAAUCUCUAUCGUAGAAUACAGAAUCUUGGAAUAUUUUUAUCCAAGUCUCUUUUGACAACUCAUUUUGUAAAUCUUUAUUUUGAUUUUGAUUCGUAUCUCAGAAUACUAAAAGUCUUGGAAGUUGUAUGAAGAAACAAGAUUUUUAGGUUAUGGUUCGACCGUAAAUCUCUAUCUUAGAAUACCAAAUCUUGAAAUAUUUUGAAUUUCCAAGACUAUCCUGAAAAUUUCUUGGAAUUUUAAAGUAGAAUACCAAAUCUUGGUUUUUUUCUUUAUUUUGAUCUUUAUAUUUAUCUUAGAAUACCGCCAAAAGAUUCUAUUUGUCUGAGAAUGCAGAAAAAUCAACAAAAAAAUGUCUUCAUAUUCUAUUUUUACUAUAUUCUCCCCAAUUUCAAACAGCUCCAUAACCUUUCAUGGCAAUGACCAGAAAGAAUAAAAAAAAAUUCUCAAAGUGAAAUGUUCGAUGUCAUCGUAUAAAAAAUAAUUCUGAGAAUAUCAAAGUUAGAAUAUUCACGGCGUUUAUUCUUCUUUUGUCCUUUUCUUUAUUUAAUCAUGUUUUUUUUUAUUUAGAGAAAAGAUGUGUUUAUUAUCACUGUAAGGUUUAAUUUUUUAGGCAAAUUUGUUACACGUAAUACCUCCAAUUUGCCAUAGAAUCAAUAAAAAAAAAUUUAAAUAAA